CGGGAAUCGCAGGCAGCAACUUUUGAGGGGCAGAGUUGAGCGUAGGGUGAGAAUAGUUCCAUUUCUCCUCCAUGUCAAAAGCCAGGACGGAGGGCUCCAAACGCGAUCUGUAAAAGGUGUAUGGCCCCGUGCUGUCUGACCAUGAAUACCGUGCAAAGGUCUCUCAACCAGGGGAUGAAAGAGCAAGAGAAGGACUCGGGGAGUACAGGGAAGGGACGAGACUGCAGCGAAAGUUCGACCACGGACUCCAAGGGAUCUAAGAACCAAGUUUCCAAUCUUUCUUUCAGCGUGGAGUCCCUCAUAGCUGGAGACAGAAAAACUUUCAGGACGCAACCCUCUUCCUCGGAGCCCGGCCUGGCCGCGGUUAACCCUUUGGUUGCCAAGGACCAGCCUUCGGCAAGGACUCUGUAUCCUGGCAAAAGUUACCCCGUGGAGGAUUUUCAAAACUUUCCCGAAAACCCGUCCUCUCACGAGUCGGAAACGCUCAGCGACAAGGAGCAAUCUGCCUGGAUUCAAAACGGUUCCUAUUCACCCCCACCCAGACACCCCAGUCCAUCUCCGUGCACUCUGAGGAAACAUAAAAACAACAGGAAACCCAGAACGCCCUUCACAACUUCUCAGCUCCUGGCGUUGGAGCGCAAGUUCCGACAGAAACAGUACCUGUCCAUCGCCGAGAGAGCAGAAUUUUCGAGCUCCCUCAACCUGACCGAGACCCAAGUCAAGAUCUGGUUCCAAAACCGAAGAGCAAAGGCAAAGAGACUACAGGAAGCCGAGUUGGAAAAACUCAAACUGGCCGCUAAACCCUUAUUGCCCUCCUUUGGGCUGCCAUUUCCCCUAGGGACCCAUCUUACAUCUCCAUCUUUAUAUGGACCAUCCAACGCCUUCCAGCGCCCCAGUCUUCCCGUCCCAGGACUUUUCACAACCCCGGUCACAUAUGGAAUGUAUUAUUUAUCGUAAAUUGCAAGAAUUCUUGUAACUACUCUCCCGAUUUAAGAAAGACAGGAUUCCCCUUUUCACUGAUGUGAAAUCAACUGUAGCCAAGUUUCCAGGGCACAACGUGCUUUGGCUAAAAAAAAAUAAUUUUUCUAAAUAAUUCCAAUCGCUCUGGAGUCCAUGAUCGCUUAUUAGAUUAUUUGGGAACCAUAGGGAUUUUUUUUUCGGGCACAAAUUUCAAUUCAAAAACCCUGUACGCGGCGUCCUUUACUAUAAAGACGAUGUUUUCUAAAUAAUCGAUGCCAUUCAAACCAAAUACUUUUUUUUUAAAAAAAAUGUUAAGAGAAAACGAAGGCGAUGUAAUAAAAAUGUCCUAUUUAGGUUUGUGAGCCCGGACUUCAUUGAUAAAGCUGAACACAGAAGCGUUGAGGGUGAAGCGACAAUAGUUGCAAGAGUCUCUUGUCUGCUGUCAACUCUGUUGGAUAGAUUGGGGGGGGGGCAUGAAAAAUGCCUGGCUUUUAUUUUUUACAAAAAA